AUGACCGGACCGCUGCCAUUUGAGCUGAUCUACACGGACUACCACGGGCUCAAGCAGAUAAAGAAGCACAUGAGCCAGACUCUCAAGAGGCACAAGUGCCACAUUCGGGUGAUUGACACCUUUGGGACAGAACCCGCCUACAACCACGAGGAGUACGCGACUCAACACGGGUACAGGACCAACUGGGGCUACUGGAACCUCAACGCCAGGCAGUAUAUGACUAUGUUCCCUCACACUGCAGACAACUCGUUCAUGGGCUUUGUUGUGGAGGAGGUGAACGAGACGGAGCGGCUGAGCAUUCAGAAGAACAAGAUCCACAACAUGGCCGUGGUGUACGGAAAAGAUGCCAGCAUGUGGCAGCUUGAAGGCAAAGACAGGUUCCUGGAGCUGCUGCAUCACCACAUGGAGAUCCACGGCACAGUGUACUACGACUCGCAGCGCCCUCCGCAGGUGCCUGCCUUUGUCAAAAACCACGGGCUGCUGCCUCAGAACGAGCUCCAGCAGCUGCUGAGAAAAGCCAAGCUUUUUAUAGGAUUUGGUUUUCCGUACGAAGGCCCUGCUCCACUGGAGGCGAUAGCCAAUGGAUGCAUCUUCCUGCAGCCUAUGUUCCACCCGCCACACAGCUCCCUCAACCACGACUUCUUCAAGGGGAAGCCCACGUCCAGGGAGGUGACUUCACAGCACCCAUACGCAGAGCAGUACAUUGGAAGGCCACACGUCAUCACCAUCGACUUUGGGAACUCGACCACCUUCAAUGAGACCAUACGCGAAAUCAUGGAGCUCAAUGUGGAGCCGUACGUGCCACACGAGUACACCUGUGAGGGCAUGCUGGAGAGAGUGCACGCCUAUAUACAGAACCAGGAUAUUUACAACUCCCCUCAUCAGGCCGUUCGCUUCACUGAGACAAGCCUGAAACAACACAGUGUCUGUUGUGUUGGUGUGAUUGCCAACCGUAGGAGUGUUAAGGAAUUACUUUCGAAUUCAUCAUCAUCUGAUGAAUUCACUGUUCAAGCCAUGGGUGCUGGCGGUGCGAGGCCCAAGACCGGAGCAAGAAGUCGAGGUCGCGGGGGGAGGAGAACUACACGACCUAGGGACCUGACUUCUGACGAUCAAAGAAGGCUGCAAGCUCUGCAGAACCGACGUAUGGCUGAGUUACAGGAAAAAAUUAAAUCACUGAGGCUGGAGCAGAGAGACAUCCUUCUGCAGAGGGUUGUCCAGAGGACACCUGGGAUGCUUUUUGACAUUCUGUCCCUACUAGAGAAUCCACAUCCCACCCGUCCCAUAACUGCUAUCAUCCUCAGUCUCUACACGAUCGUCAUCGGGUAA